UGGCAUCGAGGUCCCGAGCCAUGCUCAGGCGAGACCAGGUCUUCUCUGUUUGCCUGCUGCCCCUCAGCGACAGGCAGCAGCAGCAGCACUUCGAUGGGAACGAAGAAGGUUCGGGGUUGGCCUUGAUUUCUUUCUUCGGCAAUAAAAAAUAUCCGCCUAGCUAAAGUGGGGUGCUGACAGAACGGGGGAUCGGAGCAGCUGCGCGAAGUUGAAAUUCACGGGAGAUGGGAGGUCUUCCUUCGGUCAGCAGGCUUAGCCAGCACAUGCCCGAUUGACAUUCGAGGAUUUGGCAUCAGGACGUACGUAGUUCUCUCCGUAUCAGGGAGCACACAGAUUAAGGAAAUGCAGUGUAAGGAGUUGAGAGUUUAUGGGUUCUGGCGAGUGUUGGUGGUCGCCGGGCUCUCUCUGUGUCUAUCUCAGUCAGCGGCACUAGGCCAAUGGAUUGGAGCGCCAUCAGCCCAAGAUUCAGAUCUGCAAGCAUUGUUAGAAAUAAAACGGGCUCUCUCGACAGGAUCUCAGGAAGCUCUGAAGAGCUGGAGUAUUGACAACUAUCCGCUUUCGAGUUACUGUCAAUGGACUGGGGUGAAGUGCAAUUCUUCUUCGGAGAGAGUGAUCGAGCUGAAUUUCAUGAACAUGCAUUUAGAGGGAACGAUUUCAGCGCACAUAGGAAAGCUCACCAGACUCACAGUAUUAAAUCUGAGAAAUAACAGCCUUACAGGACCCAUACCUGCGGAUUUAGGGAGUUGCUCUGAGCUGAAAAAUAUAUACCUCGAUGGAAAUAAAUUGGAUGGCAACAUUCCCCCGGAGCUGGGACUUUUGCCGCAGGUCGCACGCAUCAAGCUGGGAAGUAACCAACUCUCAGGGGCAAUUCCUCCGAAUCUAUGCUCCUCGCCCUUGGAGGAGCUCGAUCUUUCCAGAAAUAGGCUCUCGGGGAGCAUCCCACCGGGAUUCAUGAGCAACUGCUCGAAAUUGCUGGUUCUGCAUCUGGAGGGCAACCAGCUGACAGGACCGAUUCCGGAGCUGAUCGAGCACUCGUCCAAUGACGUAUUCCAACAGCUCUUCCUUCAGGAAAACCGACUGACGGGACCAUUUCCGGGCUUUCUGCACAAGUUCGGUCUCUUAAGAGAGCUGAAUCUGUCACAUAACAAUCUGUCGGGCGAAUUGCCCACCCUCUACAGCACUCGUCUCUACUUCCCAUUCGACUGCAGCUACAACUCUCUGAGCGGAGCCAUCCCGAAAGAGCUGGCAUCGCUGGAGUGUCUCACGGAGCUCUAUCUCUCGCACAACAAUCUCUCGGGUCUCAUCCCCCGGGAGCUCGGCCAGAACACCGGACUCCUCAAAGUCGAUCUUUCCUACAACCAUCUGAGCGGCCCGAUUCCAGCAUUCCGAGCCAAUGUGACGACCAACUUCCAGGGCAACCCCCAGCUCUGCGACCCGUGCCCGGAAGCGAAAUCGACCUCCUCCCCGGGGCAAGGCAACGUGGUGAAAUCAGUGGCAGGAGUGUCGGCCGUGCUGGGAGCAUUCGUGGUGGUGGUGGGGGCAUUCGUCUGGAGAGAGAGGCGAUUUCGCAGGACGAGAGUGCACGUGCAAGGGCCCGAGACGGUUUCGCGAGGCCAAUUGUUCGAGCCGGGUCUAAGGCAGAUCACGGUGGAGGAGCUGAAGAGGGCGACGCGAGAUUUCUCCCCGGAGCAUUUGGUGGGGAAAGGCAGCUCGACGAUGGUGUAUCGAGGAGUGCUGGAGAAUAUUGGGUGGCGAAAGGCGGCGGCGCAAGUGGCCGUCAAGAGGAUGCUCUUCGUCGACGACUUCGAGCAGACGCGAUUGCGCUUCGGGCGCGAGGUCGAGAGCAUGAAGGACCUGCAGCACCGGAACCUGGUCCGGAUCCUCGGGUACGCGCAGAACUCAGAGGUCCUGGCUUUGAUCCUCGAGUACAUGCCCGGCGGUAGCUUGGACGAGGCGCUGCACGGAGGCGCGAGCUGUACCCUCACGCUGGACGACCGGCUGCGGAUCGCCCUCGGCGUCGCCCGCGGCCUCGUCUACCUGCACCACGACCGGGACGAGCCCGUCGCCCACCUCGACCUCAAGCCCGGCAACGUUCUCCUCGACGCGCAGCUCGAGCCCCGAAUCGCUGAUUUCGGCGGCACUCGCUUCGUCUGCCCCGCCGCCAGAUUGGACACCCACACCAUGACCUGCAAUUUCACCGUCGGGUACACGGCCCCUGAGUUUGUAGAUUACGCCAGGCCAUCGACGAAGGCCGAUGUGUACAGCUACGGGAUAUUGCUGCUGGAGCUUCUCACCCGGACGAGGCCGACAGCGUCCGUCUUCGGAGACUGCGGCACGAUUACUCAAUGGAUGACGAACGCCAUUUUGGGCAAGACUGCCCUGUCUACCCUGGAUCCCUUUCUGAGGUCGUCGACGUUGACACCGGAGAAUGAGAAUGAGAUUCUCACGAUGUUACACAUGGCCGUGAACUGCACUAACAGAGAUCCUGAUAGAAGACCUGACAUGAACAUCGUCCUGGAGAUCUUGGAGAAUCUCAGAUUGAAUAAUCGCUCUCCGACGGCGACUCCCACCUUGGAUGACCUUGUAAAUAUGAACUCUGAAGUCAGAGAGGUUCCGGGCGAUGAUUUCUCCUUCUCGAACCAAAAUGGCAGCUGACUGUGAUCUGAUCUUCACUUUUUGUACAGGAUAUGGCACUCAUGAGAUUUCUGAGUUUUUAGUUCAAUCUCAUCUUAUCUUUGACCACAUUGCGCACUAGAAAAUCAUCACAAGUUCCAUGCUGCUCUGCUCUGCUCGGAUCUGAUCUGAUGCGAAGACCGCUGCGCUGGGGAAAGCACCUCCGAGGGGAUCGGAGGAAGACUUUCAGAGAUUUCGGGCGACUGAUACAAAGAGCUCGGAUGGAGGAGACGGUUUCAGGAGGAACUGAAUCAGAUUCCUUUGAAAUUGCUUUUCUUUCAAGCCGUUUACAUCAUCGAGUCUGUACAUUAUGCUGGAGGUGCAAGCAUGUUCAUAAAUUAUGGGUUUAUAUCGACCCAGCAAGAUAAAACUUAGAAAUGAAGUACUAGGAUUAUUUAUCUCCAUGGGGAAAAAAUACUGCUGGGCUGGAUUGCAAAAAUCCGCAGCUGAUUUGGGUGUAUUGUAAUCUGAGGUGCGGCUCAGAAGGCUGCACGACUUGUGGGCAGUUCACGAGUAGGGGAGGGUGUGAGUGUACACUAAAGAUUCACCAAUGACCGCAGUUUGAAGAGAACUGAUCCAAAGUUAUAUCAUACAGAAAUUUUCAGUAGAUGACGUUUGAGAAUAGCAGCAAAUUUAGGGCACCGAACUACUCCAAGAAGUGUAUAUUCACAAGCUUGAUAGACUUUCAAUAGAAGCAGUUUCCACUCGGUUUCGACAUUACAAUAGUACGCGGACACGCAGGAAAGAGAAAAUAAGCAAAGAUUAUGGCAGAUUUCGAAUUAGAAAGGGUUCUCAAAUCUAUCAGGACUAGAGGGGUUUGUAACAAGAGCUGGUAUCAACAGAUCCAGUACCGGCAGUGUCUGGGAUAACACACUUGGCAACACAUUUUUUUCUCAGGCACCCGAUUCCCUUCACGCAGAAUCUCUGAUCUGUAAGCUUAUCGUGAUCAUACG